AUGACACGCAGGGAGGGUGCGACUAAAAGGGUCUGGCAGACACUCCCGCGCCAUCUCCGGCGCCGAGCUGCUAGCCAUGACCCACGUCGCGUCCCUGCGCGGCUGCGCCUGAAGGCAAAAUCCGAAGUUAUCGAAGGACCAAAGCCCGGGAAAAGAAAAUCCUCAAAGGACCGCAAGCCAGGGAAGGGAAGGAAAAUCAGUAGAACUGAGAUCCUGUUAAGACGUCAAAGGAAGAAAGCAUGGCUAGAGUCUCACAUCUGGCACGCUAAAAGAAUGAAAAUGACCGAUCAAUGGGGGUAUCGUCUAGCACUUCACACCAGCGAAAAAUCGUUCCGAAUGUCGCACAGAGCAGCCCUCAAUGGGUCAAUCCUGAACGAUAUUUCUUAUUUCUCCACUCUCGAGAUACGAGGACCCGAGGAUCUCUUGAGGCAAACUUUGAAAUCCAUUUGCGAUCCCUCAGACCUCACUCCCUCGUCAAAGAGGUACUCUUCGGGGGCACGAGUUUGCGAAACCACUCUGUACCAUUUCUCUGAAUAUCCACUACAUUUAAUUGGACCGGCCACCAUUAUGUGGAAACCGCUUCCCGAUUCAGAUGGCACGCUGGAAUUUUCACGGGAGCCUUGUAGCACAGAAACACCGCAUCUUCCCGCAAAUCCAAGCCGUAUUGUUUGGGUUCGCUUCCAUCCUGCUCUUUUUGAUGAUGUGAGACAGGCGCUCAAAGCGGGCGCUGCUGCCGCCUUGGACUCGUCCAUGGAACGGUCAGAACACCAUUCCGAGACUCAUCUGGAUAUUAUCGAUCUUCGUGGCAGUUUGAAUGCAUUCGAAAUUAUGGGUCCGAGGACAGGAGAGAUACUGCGCAGGGUUUUACGGAUAGUGCGAAAUGAAAAGAGCACCUCGAAAGCUAAGGCGUUGGGGGCUAUCUUUGGGUUGCAAUCGUCUGGCUCUGUUCCACAGGGACUGAUUCUGCACGCGACUGUGUGGGAUCCUAGACUGCAGUACGUAACAGUGCAAUCACGUCACAAGGCGAGCGGAGGUUCGUCUAGUGAAAGGGAUAUGUUGGUAAUUCAGCCAUCUCCGGACCUUGCUCAGGGGAGUCUUUGGGAGGCAGAGGUGCGGGAUAAACUUCGUUCAAAGAAGUUUAAAAAUGCAGAUUUGAAUGAAAGACGACGGAAGCAUGCUGUCCCUGGGAACCCUUUGAAGCCUUGUGCCGAGGACGACCGGAUCCCCUGCAUUCUUAUACAAAGGAGUAUCGGCGUCAACGAGCAUCAGAGUGGGGUACAUGCAUCUAGUAGUCCCUCUUCAAUGCACGGUUGGAUACUUCUACUACCGGCGGGAUGGUCCAUGCCAUUCCUGAACUCGUUGGUGCAUGCUGGGGCAAAAGUCGGCGGUCUACGGGAACGGCAAACACAACAUUUUGAGGCUAGUCCGACCUCAGCUGAGCGCUUCUUCCCAAACGACUACGUCACCUCGUGCGAAUAUGACCUUUACACAACUCAAGUUGUGACUGCCAAAAGGGCGAAAUGGGAAAGAACACCUCCAGCCAAGCGAUUCAACUACAAAAUCUUGGAGAACUCUGAGGGUUUGACAUAUGAUCGGUGGACUCCGGACUGGGAAAGUCUCUUGGCACCUGUUUCAGACGGUUCACAGCGUGCACCAAUCCAAGAGCUGCCGGCUGAAUCCCCCGUCCCCUCUCCACAACUGAGCCCUCAUGGCACUUCAGAGUUGCCAACUUCUGCAUCUGUGCUGAAAGCGGAAUUGUCAGAACCGGUUCGACCCUGGCUCUUGCUUGGGUCUGGAGUGAGAUUGUUGGUGCAGUCAAUAGCUUCCGCAGUUGCUCAUGGAUCAAAGUUUCAAGACGUGUUAUAUUCCCAUAUUGUGAAGUUGCGAAGGAAACGAGGCCUCGAUCCCGAAUUCUCAAUCUUACCUGACACUCUGUUUUCCUCCUCUCUUAUCUCUGUCAAUGUCUAUAUGGUAGGGAGGGGUUGUCCAAAGGAUAAUGCGGUACUUUACGAGCUUACUUGCGAAGAGAUGAUUCGCGAGCAAGAAAGGCUGAAGCGUAAAAGGAGUCCAAAGUAUUCAUUGACGGACGAAGAGGAAGUUGAUGUGAGUUCAGCGUCUUUCCCUGGCCCCCCCUGUGCUGGAACGGUUGGACCACUUCUCGGUUUUGUAACAACGGGGAGAUUCUCUCUCACACGCGGACGUGGGCAUGCCGUUGCUGCAAUCAGUUUAUCCGCCUUCCUCCGCAUCCUCACGUCGCUGAAGUAA